AUCGACACUCAAGUAUUUUCUGUGGGGCCUGCUUUUAAAGGAAUUAAAAUGAUUCCCCCGGGGGUUCAUUUCGUCUUCUACAGCUCUUCUACCAGAGAUGGCCAAGAGUUUUCACCAAUUAUUGGCUUCUUUAUCGAUGCUGGCCACUCUCAGGUGGUUGUUCGUGUGUGGGAUCAACAAGAGGAAUGCUUGAUCAGAGUUCCAGAAGAAGAGGAAGAGAGAUACACACAAGCAGUUAGAAGUUUGGAGUUCGACAAGAAUCUGGGCCCCUAUGAUCUAAGCCAGUAUGUAGAUUGGAAGAGAUUGUCUAAUUACAUUACAAAAAGCACCAUUGAACGAUUAGAACCCAUUGGAGGAGAAAUUACGGUUACACAUGAAUCUGGGAUUGUGAAGAAUACUUGUAAAAGUGCUGUGGAGAAAGCUUUAGAUGAGCAGUUGAGGAAUAGUAAGUUCUCUACACCUGCUGAGAAGCAUCCAAAAAGAGGAUGCUACUAUACAGUAAUACCCCGUAUCAUAAAGCGCAAGGGAGUUGAAAGUCAACAACUUACUUCUUUGAAUCUUAUGCAGACUGAACUAUUAGAGACCAUAAUGGUGAAGGGUUAUGGUGGCUCUGAAGAGUCACUUCUUGGGGAGCUGCAAUUUGCGUUUAUAGCUUUUCUGAUGGGGCAAUCACUUGAAGCGUUCAUGCAAUGGAAAUCUUUGGUUAGCCUUCUGUUAGGCUGUACUGAGGCUCCUUUUCGUACGAGGAGUCAGUUGUUCACUAAGUUCAUUAAGGUCAUCUACUAUCAACUAAAAUAUGGACUUCAGAAAGAUCGCAGUGUUGGAGAGGCAGGUGCAUCAGCAUUAUUAGACGAUUCGUGGUUCUCUUCCGAUAGCUUUCUGCACUGCCUUUGCAAGGAUUUCUUUUCUCUGGUGGAAGAUGCUUCAAUUGUUGAUGGAGAUCUUCUCUCAUGGACAAGGAAAUUAAAAGAGCUGCUUGAAAACAGUUUAGGAUGGGAGCUCCAACCGAAAAGUGCAGUCGAUGGAAUCUACUUUGAAGAAGAUGAUGAGUAUGCUCCCGUGAUCGAGAUGUUGGAGGAGCCAAGCGGCGGGAGCGAACACAUGACAGCUUAGGCAGUAGCAUCAUGUUUUGUUAUUAUUCGUUUAACACUUAUAACGGCAUCCUCAUUACUCUUCAGUCUUAAACAUCACCAUACAGAUAGGCCGACAGCUGUGAAGGUCGAGAGUUUUCACCUGGCUCCGUACAUAUCGGCCGUUUGGAGAGUAAAAAGAAAAAGAAAAACUUGAAAUUAACUGUGUA